UUGUAUACUUUAUUUCACUUCCGGUGUAUUUUUAGGUGGUUUACUCACUAUUAUAUUCUGGCUACGGUUGUUACGUCUAUCUGCGUCGUGUUGUCCAUCGAGUGCUACGUUUUCGAAAUGCCCCCACCAGGAUUUCUCCGAGAAUUCCUCGUGCGGCUGCGAGUAUCCGAGAAGUCAGCGCUGCUAACAUUGAUGCUGUUAUGGCUGCACGUCGUUCGACGACUGUUCGAAAGCUUGUUUGUCAGCGUCUACUCUGAUACAAAGAUGAACAUCAUGCACUACUCGCUUGGUCUCCUUCAUUACCUGUGUCUGCCGUGCGCCGUGCUUGUUGAAGCUCCGGGAUUUGUUUCUAACUUGAUCAAUUUAGACUCAACGUUGAAGCAGUUGUCAUUUCUGCAGCUAUUGGGAAUACUGUUGUUCGCGAUAUCCAACAUCAGUCAGCAUCAGUCGCUGGACGUGUUGGCAAAUAUGAGGCGAAAUUACUUAGGCAACAUAACUAACUACGCUCAUGGCAUUCCGACGUCCGGCUGGUUCGAAGUCGUUUCGUGCCCCCAUUUUCUCUUCGAGGUGCUCAUCUACCUGUCGUUGUGGUGCACGAUCGGUCCAUUGGCACGCGUCUGGCCGUCCGUCUGCCUCUUCGUCUUCGUCAAUCAGUGCAUCGCCGCGAAAAUCACUCACAACUGGUACCAAGAAAAGUUCGGCGACAUGUAUCCAGCACAUCGACGAGCCAUCUUCCCAUAUCUGUUUUGA